AUGUAUCCCUCUGCGCGCCCGAGGGCCAUGCAUGCCUUGGCUCAAACCGCUUUGCCAAGCUUAUCCCAGAUAACAACAUCAAUUAACACGGGUCCGAGUCAGUAUUCGUAUACCAUAUCAACCAAGAAGACAACUCUACUACGAUACCUGGGUCUGCUCAAUCCUGCCCCGAACAAAAUGAAGCGGAUUGGGGACCUACCCAGCAAUAAGAUCUGGUUCUUUGACGUGCGUAAUGUACGCUGUUGGUCUAGUUUCAAACUAGAAACAAUGCUGGGUGUACCAGAGUUACGAUCUUUGCUUCUUCGAGAAGUACUAUGUGAUGAGCUCCCAACACCUCCUCCCGUCACCUACAAGCCGGCCACAGAGCAGCAUUUGCGUCUCGCAUAUCGUGACUAUUAUGGAGUCAAGUUGAAUGCGGCCUUGAAGUCAUCAAUGACUCAACCGGCCCUGCAAAUGUACAGUCGUCACGGAGGUGCCUCUCUGACGACUCCAGAUUUUACAUCUUGCACUAGUCAUGAGCUCAGUCCUGCUGGGAACAAUCGUGUUGUCGGAUUGAUACUGCCUAAUUUACAGUGGAAGACCGAGAUGCGAGUUGGCGAUUCGAACGAGAGAAUAAAGUAUUUACACGGUUUAGCACGCCUGCAGCACUUGCUGCGUGAGAACAACUGCCGCUAUGGCUUCAUCAUCACAGAGAUUGAACUGGUGUGCGUACGAUACGGUGGCAACGAUACAAUCUACGACGCCGAGCGCGAACAAGCCCAGACAAAGUUCUCUUCUUCCCACGUUACAUCCUCACAUCACAUCCCCAUAUUCGGAUUUUUCGAAGUCACGGACAGCAUACCUUUGAGGGACAACAAUACAAACCCUUAUGGCCCUCUGACCAUGACAGCUGGAUUGGCACUCUGGUAUCUGCACAUGCAAGCUCAAGAUCAAGCGCUUCCAGGACAUGAGCACUGGCAAAUACAAGUCGGGACUUCUGCUGCCAUGACGAGGCACAAAUACGUGCCCACGGACCCGUGGGUGCCGAAACAUAGCAAGGUACAAGGACGAGUGACGACGAGAUUGAGAGGCUGGGUGAUGGCUGAAGAUAAAGUCUGUCAAAGGUUGGAGGCUCGGUAG